UUGACAGAAGAAAUAAACAAAUUACAAAUUGCGAUAAUUUUGCAGUUGAACCGUUAAGGAUAUUAAUAUUCAUUUGUUUUUAUUAUAAAUUAUUAUAUACAUAAUUAAUCAACUAUAGAAUUGUAAUUCGCUUCAUAUUCACUAUUGAGGUUUGCAAUCGUUUUUCGCCUCCUAAAAUUAGAUCCAUGGAACGUAAAAAUUAAAACAAAGAAAAUAUGCCAAAAAUACCCUACAAACCGGAGAAAUCCGGGGAAGACGACGAUUACGAAAUAGUUUCUUUCGAAGAUUUUUGCGAUAAAUCACCUAGUUCAAAAACUGAUUUGUUAACGUUAAAUGAUAAUAUAAACUAUCGCUUGUAUUAUGAAGGGGAUAAGCCUUCUAAAUUUCUUGAGAAUGUUGGUGAGUCUUCGCGAAGUGAUCGUCAAACCGAGACAUCGUUAAAUGGUUCUAAAAAUGUGAGUUUUAAGCGGAAAUUGUCGAACUCGUUCGCUCCGUUCGGGCGGUACAACGGAAAGAGCGCUAGGGCUCCUUUAUUUAGUGGCGUCAUCCCAAAGCCUAGGAAUGAGGAGGAAUCCAACUCUAGAGAACACAGAUAUCAGCGCUUCUCGGAGCAUCGCAACCCGUUACAACGGCUUUGGGAGAGUUUGCCUGGUGUGGGGUCAGGAAUGUUGGGCAUCACCCUGGUGUGUGCGCUGUGCGUGGGCGCGUGGUGGGCAGUCGGCGGCGCUAUGGGCGGGGCUUGGGGCGAGGAACAUUAUCGAAAACUAUGGGAAAGAACACAUCCAGAAAGUGUGAAGAAGCCGCUAUCUCCUAUGCCGUAUGAAAAGGUGUCUCCAGAAUACCGCUACCACGACCACAACAAUCUAAGCACAAAGAAUAGAAGCAAUGCGACCGAAGCCAGGCGAAAGAACGAGUAUAACAAGAAGAGUUACUCCGAACGGCCAGCCGAAGUAAUGCAAGAUAUGUGCGCUAAAGUAGCUGAGAAUAUGCGCUUCGAUUGUUAUCCGCAAGGGGAAGUUAAUGAGGAGAAUUGUGCUAGGCGGGGAUGUUGUUGGAAAUCCACGGAUACCAUAGGCGUUCCAUACUGUUACUACCCGUCACAAUACGACACGUUUCGUUUCCUAAACAUGACCGAGGACAAGCACGCCAUGACAGUGUACUACGAGAAGGCUCGCCCGUCCGGAUAUCCGGAUGAUUUCGAAACUGUGCGGAUGGAUUUCAAAUAUCUGUCGGAUGAUGUUUUGGGUGUUAAGAUUUACGACCCAGAGAACAAAAGAUUCGAACCGCCAUACCCGGAGAUAAGUUUAGUUUCUAAACCACUAGGAACUAUGAAAUACAGGGUGCAGAUAGAAGGAUCGCUUGUUGGCUUCAAAGUCAUUAGGAAUUCCGAUAAUGUUACCAUUUUCAACACACAAGACGUGGGAGGUCUGAUAUUGUCAAACAAAAUGCUGCAGAUAUCGGCCGUUCUGCCCACAAACCGCGUGUUCGGCUUGGGCGAGAAACGAGCAAGGUUCAUGAACAAUAUGAAUUGGAACACUAUCGCUAUAUUUAAUAGAGACCGAGUGCCUAGGGAGGGGAUGAAUCUGUACGGCUCGCAUCCAUUUUACUUGGCAGUGGAACAGAACGGCAACAGUCACGGUGCACUUCUACUUAACUCUAACGCUAUGGAUGUAGUUCUACAGCCGACGCCGGGCAUCACGUACCGCACCAUCGGCGGUGUCCUCAACCUGUUCGUGUUCGCGGGACCCUCGCCCAAGGACGUGGUGUCACAAUACACGGAGCUGAUCGGGAGGCCGUUCAUGCCGCCUUACUGGGCGUUAGGGUUCCAUCUGUGCAAAUUCGAGUACGGAAAUUUGAAUGUCACUAAACAAGUGUGGCAGGCUAACAGAGAUGCGGGCAUUCCCUUUGACGUGCAAUGGAACGACAUUGACUACAUGAGGAAUCGCAACGACUUCACGUACGACAAGGAGAAGUUCGCCGAACUGCCACAGUUUGUCAACAAGAUCCACAGCGAAGGGAUGCACUACAUGAUUAUAAUUGUAGUUUGGCUGUGCGCCUCGCAUUGCCGAUGUCCAUUGUCGACGGUGGCCACUUACCAUCAGAUGGGUCGUAAGCCCGUCUGCCUUGGCAUGGCAGAGCACCUGAUGUGUGACCGGUGGGUAUGCCGUAUGCGGAGGCGGCGCGCUUGCACGGUGGCGGCGCCGGCGUGCGAUGCAGGCGAGCGCCUGGCGCAGGUCGGCGCGCGGCGCCGGUGCGUGGGCGCGGUGCUGGGAAACGGCGCUGCUGCUUCGAUGCCCUCCCGCCGCGCUAUCUUGUACAGCGUGCUCGAGAGGGCUGCCUGA